AAAAAAAACCAUCAAACAAUCUAUAUAUAUUCAUCAUCUUUCAUAGAAUUCAAAUUUUGUACAGUAUUAAGGAUUUAAUUAAGAAUUAAUAAGAAUAAGAAGACUAAUAAAAUGGGGUCAUCAUGUGAAUCUCCAUCAGCAACACCAUACAUGAAUAUGAAUGGAGAAACAACAAAAGGAGGAUGGAAAAGGUCACAAAUAAGUCCAACUAGUUAUGAUUAUUCUUUCAAGAUUUUGGUUAUUGGAGAUUCUGCUGUUGGCAAAAGUAGUCUUUUACUAAGCUUUGUAUCAAACUCUCAAGAUCAAGACCAUCUUCAUGAUGUUUCUCCUACUAUAGGUGUGGAUUUUAAGAUGAAAAUGCUCACAAUCGAAGGAAAACGACUCAAACUCACAAUAUGGGAUACAGCUGGACAAGAGAGGUUUGGUACACUAACAAGCUCAUACUAUAGAGGUGCACAUGGAAUUAUACUCGUUUAUGAUGUGACCCGAAGAGAAUCUUUUACAAAUUUAUCAGAAAUAUGGGCACGAGAAGUUGAGCUCUACUCCACGAACCCUGAUUGUGUCAAGAUAUUAGUUGGAAACAAGGUUGAUAGGGAUGUUGAAAGGGCUGUAACCGUUGAAGAGGGAAUGGCAUUAGCUAAGAAGCAUGGCUGUUUAUUUUAUGAGUGUAGUGCUAGAACUAGAGCAAACGUACAGCAAUGCUUCAAAGAUCUUUCUCUAAAGAUACUGGAUAAACCUGGUCUAUUGGAACAGGGAUCAGUAGUAGUGAAGAGACAAAUCUUGAAACAGAAGCAACUUUCUCAGAAAAAGAGAAGUGACAAUUGCUGCUCCUGAUCAAAACAUGUUUAUGGUUCCUUUUUUUCAUGAGGGUUCACUCCAGAUGAUUCAUCGGUCAACUCGGCUCUUGCAUUCUCCAUGGUCAAAUCUAAAUGAAUCCAUUAUCUUAUCAAGUUUGUAAGAAGUGGGGGUUACUGUAUAAUGCUUAGUAGCUUAAAUCGCAUAGGUACACUUUGUUCUUUAUUUGUUGAAUAUGCAGGCCUGACGUGGUCUUAUUAGAGCUUGAAGUUUUAAAUGGCUUGAGAGUGUAGGCGUCCGAAUGGAAACCCGUUAUGGGAUAUGGAAGUAAAUAGUUUUUCUUUUUUUGCUAUAAUUGUUUUGUAAUACAACUUCUAUAAGUAUACCAGAUUUGCUUGCUUAUACAUCUAUCAAACCUCUUUGUUUGAA